CCUGACAGUGGCGAGCAGCGGCGGUACCUCUUUGAGCCGCCGGUAGCAGCAAGGGAGGCGUUUUGCGAUGCUGUCCUCUCCAUAAACUGACCGAUAAUGAGGAAAAUCAUCGGUACAGCAAUCUGAAGGAUGCCUCUUGGAUCAUGGGCCAGACCGUUUGCAUCUGCUCUCGUGGGACAAUCACCAUUGAUAAUAAGCGAUAUUUCUUUAUCCAGAAGCUGGACGAAGGGGGGUUCAGCUAUGUGGAUCUGGUGGAGAGUGUUCAGAAUGGAAAGUUCUACGCCCUGAAGCGUAUCAUCUGCCAUGACAAAGAAGAUCGCAAAAAUGUGCUUAAUGAGAUGGAAAUGCAUCGGAUGUUCAACCACCCAAACAUCCUGCAUUUAGAAGCUCACUGCAUCAUGGACAAAGGGCCAAAGUGUGAGGGCUGGCUGCUGCUGCCUUAUAUUAAGAACGGCUCGUUGUGGACAGAGCUGGAGAAGCUCAGGGAUACCAAUUGUUUUAUGCCUGAAGAACGCAUAUUGAAGAUUUUCCAUGGAAUCUGCGGGGGACUCAAAGCCAUCCAUGAGAAGGGUUAUGCCCACAGGGACUUGAAGCCCACCAAUGUUCUCUUAGAUGACAAUGGGCAACCUCUGCUGAUGGAUCUGGGAUCAAUGAACAAGGCAAGAAUUGAAGUGAAAGGUUCACGGGAAGCUAUGACAAUCCAGGACUGGGCAGCCCAGCGUUGCACCAUAUCGUACCGAGCUCCUGAACUCUUCAACGUGGCAAGUCACUGUAUCAUAGACGAACGCACAGACAUUUGGUCCCUAGGCUGCGUGUUGUAUGCUAUGAUGUUCCUAGAAGGACCCUAUGAUGGCAUCUUUCACAGGGGAGACUCUGUUGCCUUGGCUGUACAGAAUGAAAUAUCCAUUCCAGAGGGCUGCAGGUACUCACAGACCCUGCAGCAUCUGCUAACCUCUACAAUAGUGACUAACCCACAAGAGAGACCAAAUAUUACCUGGGUCCUGAACCAGACCAAACAAUUACUGCGGAUAGAAGCUGUCGAGGAGACUAAACUGGCUUGAUUUCAGCAGCACAGAUGUGAAUGGCUCUGUCUAACCUGCAAGUGCUCUGGUUUCUCAGCUGUUGGACCUCGGACACUGCUGUACAAUGUAGCAAAAACCCUACCCUCAGCAACUGCGGUAGUGGACCAGGACAUGACGUCGUGUUCAUUCUGCUCCUGAAUCAUUUAUGCUUGGCUCAACAUUGAAGGGCAGGGAGAAAGAAUUGCUCAUGUUUUUUUCUUCUAUUCAAAGGCAAUCAGUUGCUCAUUUUGCUCCCGUAGCUCUCCCUGUUCUUUUUCACGUUCUUGCAUUUAUAUUGAUCGUUGUCCACCAAAUCCACAACUACCUUCUUUCUUAUGUUGAAGAACGUUGGAAUGUCCUGGAUAGUUUUACUCCUUCUGUGGCAAAAAGGAGGCGGGGUAUUUGUUGGUAAAUGAUUUCUUGACCAUCCAUUUAUUUAUUAUUUGUGGCAACGGUAAUUUCGGCUCUCAUUAAAACACGCUGUGUUCGGCAUACCUUCAA